AUGCCCACCGAACCUCAAUGGCCUAAGCUCAAGGUCUCGGGCAAAGAUGAAUACUCGACAGGGCACUGCAUGACCUGCGGAUUGCUCAUGCGCUGGCCGCGAGGACUCCAAGAGUUUCGAUGCACAAUAUGCGCCACAAUCAAUGAUCUUUCCCCUUUGAAGAACCGCCAUGCAAAGUCAUCCACGAAGAGGGAGGAUAGGAAGACUUCCCCAGAGGUGCCGGUGAGGCCGAUUUCUUUGGACCGUACGAGACUUCUAGUGGAUGACUGUCUGAGUAGUCUUUUGAUUCAGAGAUUCUGCGCCAACGAUAGCAAGCGGUUGGGCGCACUCGAUGAUGCCGCAUCCCGACACGACGAAUGUUAUUCUCGACCACAACAGACAUGUGCUGGAUCAAGUGCAGCAACUACCGGCAAAGAGCACAUCGAAUAUGUGCGCAAGUACGUGUUCAAUGAGGCACCUACCCUGUGCCCAAAGCCUGUCCCCAAGGUCUUUACAAGCGGUACUUCCUCGACGCCCCCGACGCCCUCGCGAGGCCACUCCAGAGCCUCCCCCGGCGGCAUACUUGAGAGCAGUGCGACAUCUGGGACCUCCAAAGCCUCGCCAAUCUUCAACAUCGUCCAAGAAUACCUCGAAGAAUGUUUCAGCUCCUUCGAGAACGUCAGCCACUCCUUCAGGACCAGACCGCGCUGCACUCCGCAUACGGAGCGCACUAUUGUUCCCGAAAAAGCUGCGCAACCUACAUCAUCAAGAAAGCCGACUCCCGUCGAGGCCCACCCAGGCAAUAGAACUGUCUGUAACAUCGAUCCGAAACUCUUGCUCCUGGGUGAUGUCGCUAAGAAUGGCACAUGGUGGCUUGGACAAGAUCUCGACGUGCCAUCAAAGACAGGGGCUGACAGAGAUCGCAAGGAUGCCAUUUCUUCACCUCCUCAAAGGUCAUCCCCUCAAAGGUCACCUCAUCUGAAUUGGGAGGACUUGGACGAGUGGUAUUCGCUGAUUGUAAACCCCAUGGAAAGAUGGCCGUCUAUUUGCGCCGAGGUAUGCUCGCGCCCUGACUGGCAGGAUCCCGAACAACACGCGCUGGAGCAAGCUGAGCGAGACGUUGCUUCAGCACAAGUGGGCCUCAGGAAAAGCCUCAUGAAGACCGUGGAAUCGUUUUUGAAAAGACCGGGAGGAAAGAUAACGGACGCGGAAGAGCUACGAGCAUUGCUCAUUCUUCUAGAAAACCCCUUGCUCGACUGCGAAGAUGAGACUGGCGCCGUAAGCGUUUCAAAGAAUGGCCUUGGUAGGAAAAAGGGGAGCCCAGCGUCUGGACCUUUGUCGGGAAGACACUCGCGGGUCAUCAAGCGCAUCGUCGGAAUAAUUUCUCAUCUGGCACCAGAGCUACAUGUGCAGCUCGUCCAUUGGUUUGGAAGAUACGAUGCGCGCCGCUUCAUACGAAUCAAGGACCUCGUUGCUGGUUUCCUGGGCUACCGAUUGUUAAGGAAGGAUAGUGACACGAAAAGCGCCCCAGGAGUCAACGACAUUUCAGAACUUGUGCCACAAAUCCGUCCUGGGCAAUCCAACGCAGCCUUCCACGAGGAGCUGCGGCUGAGCCAGAAGGCUUCCAAAGCGAGAUCGCAAGGAGCGGCUUAUAUCGACGAUUGGCAGGUAAAGUCUGCAGCACGGAUACUGGCCAUAUUCUUCGAGGCCAAUAACUCCAGCUCGGGGCGUUUGGCCGGGGAGGCAUCAUUGAGCAAACCAGGCGCGUUGAGAGGUCGAUUUCUCCCUCUGAGCGACUUUUACGUGUCUUUGGCGGACUCGAUCGACCUCGUCGCCGAUUUCCGCGAGUUUGAGAAGAAAGGAGCCAAGUUUGCCUUUUGCCAAUACCCCUUCUUGUUGAGUAUCUGGGCCAAGACACAGAUUCUCGAGCACGAUGUGCAAAGACAAAUGCGGGACAGCGUCCGAGAUGCUUUCUUUGACAGUAUCAUGCGACGACGCACAAUCAACCAAUUCUUGCAGAUUACCGUCCGGCGCGAGUGCCUGGUGGACGAUAGCCUCAAGGCUAUUGGCGAAACGCUGGGAGGUGCGAGCGAAGACGCGAAGAAAGCGCUUCGGAUCACUUUCAAGGGUGAAGAGGGGAUUGAUGGCGGUGGUUUGCGAAAGGAGUGGUUUCUCCUCCUGGUGAGAGAAGUCUUUAGCCCUGACCUUGGCCUGUUUAUCUACGACGAGGAUUCGCAAUAUUGCUAUUUCAAUCCCUUCUCGUUCGAGAGCUUAGACCAAUUCUACCUAGUCGGAGCGAUCAUGGGCUUGGCUAUCUACAACUCAACCAUUCUCGACGUGCCUCUGCCGCCUUUCACUUUCCGAAAAUUGCUUGGCUCUUCAUCAGGCACGUCUCAACCGGCCCCAUCCAGCUCGACACGCCAUGCAGCUCGCUGUACAUUGGAGGACCUUUCGCAAUACCGGCCCAGUCUCGCCCGUGGACUCCGGCAGCUGCUUGAGUACGAGGGCGAUGUCGAGGCUACCUAUUGCUGGAGCUUUGUCAUUGACGUUCAAAGGUACGACACGGUCAUCCAAGUCCCUCUUUGCGAGGGAGGCGAAAACAAAGCUGUCACGAAUAAGAACAGACGUGAAUUCGUCGAUCUGUAUGUUCGUUACCUGCUGGACACAUCCGUCCACCGCCAGUUUGAGCCCUUCAAAAGGGGAUUUUACAAUGUCUGCUCCGGCAAUGCCUUUGGCCUUUUCCGACCAGACGAGGUCGAACUGCUGGUUAGAGGAUCGGACGAGGCUCUCGACAUAGCCCGACUCCGGGGUGUAGCAGAAUACGACAAUUGGGAAUACAGGAACCCAGAUGCACUUGUGGAUCAAGUGAACUGGUUCUGGGACGUCUUUGAAGAGGCGUCGCCCAAAGACCAGCGGAAGCUGUUGUUGUUUAUUACAGGCAGUGACCGGCUACCAGCUGCUGGGGCCUCCAUGAUGCCUCUCAAACUAUCGUGCCUGGGCGAUGACUCGGAGAGGUUCCCCAUUGCGCGGACAUGCUUCAACAUGCUGGCCAUUUGGCGUUAUUCGACCAAAGAGAAGCUACGGACUAAAUUGUGGACAGCCGUAUACGAAAGCGAGGGGUUUGGGUUAAAGUAA